CUCACUUUAUAACCUAAUCUCUACUGGGUCCUGGUCCCUCUUUCCUCAUCCGGCGAAACAUAUUUUCUGUCCUAUGCAUUCCACAAAGACAGACGCACCGUCCCUCGAAGUCGGAGCUGCCCGGUUUACACGCUCUUCCUAACAUUCCACGCGGACCCGCGGUUGGUUUCAUUUCUGGCAGGUUCUGAUGCACACCGAAAAACGGGUGCAUCAGCCUGCGGACUAGAGGCCAGCGGGCCACAAGCCGGGCCCGGUCCGAGGCAGCUACACCGACAGCCGGCUCGGAGAGGCGCACAGACGUCGGCGAGGCCCAGGCCGCGCCGCCCGCCCGCCGUUCCUCCCAGCAUCCCGCGAGCUCCGGGCGGGGAACCCCUGAGGGGCCCGCGGCCAGGCGGCCUCCGCGGCUGGGCCGAAGGGGACGACGAGGGUGCCGCCGCUGUCCGCAGGUCCCCGGGCCGGCCUCCCGCCGCCGCCGCCGACGGAGCGACCGCCACGAAGCGACUGCCACGUCAGGCCGACUUCACAGACCCGGCGCGGGCGGUGACGCAGCGACGCGGCGGGCGGGCGCGUCGGCCCCAGACGUCAGCCCCGCAGGCCGUCUGCAGCCCGGCGCCCGGUUCGGCGACCGGCCGGCCCUCAGGGAGGCGGACCCAGCUCGCCCGCGUCAGUCGGUCGGUCGGUCGGUCGCUCGCUCGCUCGCUCGCUCGGUCGGGCUGGACUGGGCGCUGUCAGCCGAGGCCGUCGCCAGGCGCGUCCGCCGCGCGAGACCGGGGCAGCCGCGGCGCUGACGGGAGCGGCAGCGGGGAGGCUCGCCAUGGAGACCCGCUACAACCUGAAGAGCCCGGCUGUUAAGCGAUUGAUGAAAGAAGCAGCAGAAUUAAAAGAUCCAACAGAUCAUUACCAUGCUCAGCCUCUGGAGGAUAACCUUUUUGAAUGGCACUUCACAGUCAGAGGCCCCCCAGAUUCUGAUUUUGAUGGAGGAGUUUAUCAUGGACGCAUAGUACUGCCACCAGAAUACCCCAUGAAACCACCAAGCAUUAUUCUGCUAACAGCUAAUGGGCGAUUUGAAGUAGGCAAGAAGAUCUGUUUAAGUAUCUCAGGACAUCAUCCUGAAACCUGGCAGCCUUCAUGGAGCAUAAGGACAGCAUUGCUGGCCAUCAUUGGGUUUAUGCCAACUAAAGGAGAGGGAGCCAUAGGUUCUCUAGAUUACACACCUGAGGAGAGAAGAGCACUUGCCAAAAAAUCACAAGAUUUCUGUUGUGAAGGCUGUGGCUCUGCCAUGAAGGAUGUCCUGCUGCCUUUAAAAUCUGGAAGUGAUUCAAGCCAGGCUGAUCAAGAAGCCAAAGAACUGGCCAGACAAAUUAGUUUUAAGGCCGAAGUCAAUUCAUCUGGAAAGACUAUCGCUGAAUCAGACUUAAACCACUCUUUCUCACUAAAUGAUUCACAAGAUGAUUUACCUACAACAUUCCAGGGUGCUACAGCAAGCACAUCGUAUGGAGCCCAGAACCCAUCUGGAGCACCCUUGCUGCAACCUACCCAGUCAGCUCCUAAGAGUACCUCCAUGAGCCCUCGGCAGCGCCGAGCCCAACAGCAGAGUCAGAGAAGGUCAUCCACUGCCCCCGACGUGACCCAGGGCCAGCCGCCAAGAGCCAACCGCACGGAGCACGGCGGCUCGGCCAUGCUCAUCGUCAUCCUGACCUUGGCAUUGGCAGCUCUUAUAUUCCGACGGAUAUAUCUGGCCAAUGAGUACAUAUUUGACUUUGAGUUAUAAUGCUGCUUUGUGACUUGAGAGCUGUGACUCAGUUGCUUCAUUAAACAUUCUGCAUUGGGUAUAACCUAAGGAUUGUUUACAAAAAGAUUAUUUUGUAUUUAUCCUUCGUUACUUUUUUAUUGGUAUAAAGUCAUUGUGCUAUAGGUAGCAUUCAGGCUGUGGUCCAGCAGUUUGCCCUGCUUUGAUUAAGGGACUGGAAGCCAUAGUUCCUUGUCUUACUGUUUAAUCUACUUCACAAAACAAGUAACUCAUUGUGGUUGCUCACACCCAAGCUGCUUUUCUAUAGAUUUGCAAUGCUUUUCUAUGUAGUCCUUUGGAAUUUUAACGUAAAAAGUGGUGUUUGCCCAUCUGGAGUAUUACUGGUUGCUCAGUUUGACUUGCUGAGUCCUGUCUUUAGUUAUGUAGAAAGAGAAGGAGUAAAGGAGGCAGAGGAAGGGCAGAUUCCUCACUGGCUUCCUGAACUGUCAUUUAGGGGGGAGAGACUACGGUUGCCCAUUCUGUGAUCUUUGUAUUUGAAACUUUGUUCAGUGAGAAUAAUUUUAUUUCAGGCAUUUCUGAAGGUCUUUGUUAUAUUUUUUGAUUUUGUAUAUUACUUGAAGAGGACAGACUUUGUAGCUACCUUGACAUGCACCAUCUCUAAUAUGCACACCUAUGAAAACAGGCUUUCAUAGCCCAUCUCAAGGAAGAAAGGGCCAAGCCAAGAAAUUAUUUGGUUUUUCCAUCACAAGUUAGGUGAGGAGAUCUUAAAAGUUUGAAUCCUUGCUCUACUUUCAUUUGUACAUGGUUUGAAUUCUAUGUUUAGCUCUGUAAUCACUACAGUUUUUAAUUAUUCUAGGAAUAUGCAUAAUAUUCAAAUUUUAAUAGAAAAACUCAGGGCCCAAGUAACAGUGAUAGAUUAAAAACAAACAAACUUUAUUUAGAAUAAAUAAAUCAAAGCCAAGAAAGAUUUCAAUGGGAAGUUCAUCUGUUCCUUAGUGCCAACAAGUCCCCGGAUGCUGACGUCUGAUUCUGUCUUCACAGUGCCCAGUGAGACCGCUCAAAACAGUAUCGCCUUCAGCAUGCUCCUUCAGCAACCGUGAGGGCCCUGCAUUGCCAGUUUAACUGGAAAAUAUAGGCGGUCCCCAGCUUUUCAAUAUAUCAUGUUCUCAAAGCCCAUUUAUAAGUUUUGUUUUUUAAGGACAGCUGAAUAUAAAUGUUAUUUGGGUUCUAGAUCAGUAUACAAAGGUUAACUCAUACGUUUUUUAAGUAUGUGUGGGAGGGUAGUUGGAAAGUCCUUAUGUGGUUUUGACUAAAUGCAAUUAUGGGUGAGAAAAAAACAGCUCACAAAGUCAUUUUAAAGGUGAGUUUAAUUUUCACUCCUGUUAAGUGAUUUGGGGUCUGUUAACCAUUGGACAUAAUUUCCAUUUUUAUUUGGUAGUCGGGUUUUGUUAUAUCAACACCUAAAAUUUUAAAAGGCACUGUAUGCUAUAAUAUAAUCUUAAAGUUUAUUUAAUAGAGUAGCAUUUUAUAGUUAUUCACGGAUUGUUCAUCUCUAUAGAUGAAGUUGGUAAUGUCUAAAAGCCCAAGAAUUUUGUAAAGACUUCAUGUCAGGAAGACUAUAGGUUACCAUUUUAAAAAUAAUGUUCUUGCCAUGAAAAAGCAUAUUCUGAGUUCUUAGUUUAUAAUACGAGAUAGGAGAAACAUUGGGUCAGCGGUCUCCUAGUAAGACAUGAGUUAUCCAGUGGCAAGCCUGGGUGGCCUUUCCUCUUAGGAGAGACUCAGUAUACCGUCAGCCUGUGCUGCAGUGGCUUGUGUGCUAGAGCAGCCAGUCCUCCCAGCCAGACCUUGCCAGCCUGUGGAGCUCUGUGAUCUCGCUGCGUCUUCAUAGGCACUGUGCUAAAUGUUGUGGAUGUUAUGUAAUCUUGUCCACUCUGCCCUCACUGUUGCUAAACUGGCUACCUCCUUAUAUGUGUUGGCAGUCUUUACCACCUGAUACACAUAUCAAAGUGGUACCUUGUGCUUUUCUCCCUCAUAUGCUCUAAAAAUUGUCCCUUCUAAAAAUUGUCAGUGAGCUCCCAGAAGGGCCUCUAUUGUCAAAGCCUCCGUUUAACCUCUCAGUUCCAGCAUAAGGGCCCAUACAGUGUAGAAGCUGGUAGUUAAAGUCUUAUAUUCUCGUUUUUCCCAGUUCUCAGAUUUCAAAACUCAAGGCUUUUUCACUGACCAGCAUAGCACAUGACUACACAUCAAAGUAGUUAAAAUAGCAUGCUUGAAAAAAAAUGUCUGUUUGGCUUGUAGUGACCUAAACCCAUGAGCCUUUCGAAUCUUUUGUACAUGGGGCUUUUAUGUAGCACUUUACAUUUCCAUGCUGCUGCUGUUUUAUUCUACUGAAAUAAAUGAUUUCAAGUGUC